AUGAGUAAUUUGAGUUUCCUUCUCGUAGACGAGGAAGAAAGAAUUAUAGCAUAUAUGAGCGAGCGAGCAUCUGAUGAAAAGUCAUCGUUUUCCCUGCGAUUUCGCUCUAGUCGGCGUUCACUACUAGGAGCUGGUUCUAGUGUGGCAAAGCUUGUCAUUCAGAGGACUUUGUCGCAGGGUGGUUCACAUGCAGCAAGAGCUCGGGUUAUUCCAUCUCAAAAUCGAUAUUUUCAAACGACUGUUUUCAGAUCAAAUGCACAAUCUGCACCUGUUCCUCGACCUGUUCCACUCUCCAGGUUAACUGAUAGCUUCUUAGAUGGGACUAGCAGUGUUUACCUAGAGAAGCUUCAGAGGGCUUGGGAGCAUGACCCAAGCAGUGUAGAUGAGUCGUGGGACAAUUUCUUUAGGAACUUUGUUGGCCCGGCAGCCACAUCACCUGGGAUUUCUGGCCAAACUAUUCAAGAGAGUAUGCGGUUGCUGUUGCUUGUGAGAGCUUAUCAGGUUAAUGGUCACAUGAAAGCCAAGUUGGACCCAUUAGCUUUGGAACAGAGGGAAAUUCCUGAGGAUUUAGACCCUGCUCUUUAUGGCUUCACAGAAGCAGAUCUUGAUCGAGAAUUUUACCUCGGUGUUUGGAGGAUGGCUGGGUUUUUGUCGGAGAAUCAUCUUGUGCAAACCCUUAGGAGAUUUGGGCUUGAAGGUGGUGAGACUUUGAUUCCCGGCAUGAAGGAGAUGUUUGAUAGAGCGGCGGAUCUUGGGGUUGAAAGCAUAGUUAUUGGAAUGUCACACAGAGGGAGAUUGAACGUUCUGGGUAAUGUUGUUAGAAAGCCACUGCGUCAAAUAUUUAGUGAGUUUAGCGGUGGUACAAAGCCAGUGGACGAAGUUGGGCUUUACACAGGAACAGGCGAUGUCAAAUAUCACUUAGGAACAUCUUAUGAUUGGCCAACUAGGGGUGGUUAG